CCCAACCAACUUUUUUAUUCAUCCGUAACCUUUACCUUGGCAGACAAAGUGUAAAAUUCAUCAAGUGCAGUAGACAGUCCAUGGCACCUUUCCUGUUUUCCCCCAUCCCCUCUACAGGAGCCCAACUAUUCCAAGUUCAGCUGCGAAGCAGGGCCGCUGGGCAGUUAAGCAACCAUUGUGUUCUGCCCAGAGGCCAAGGGCAGUCCUGAGCAUCGUUGACUUUGUUUAGUUUUGAGGUGUGCUGGGAUGAAAGGCACCUGGAAGUGGAAGUCAUGGCCAUUAAUUAAUUAAUUGCAGUUGAGGGUUGGUUCUAAAGGGUAAUUCCUUUGAAAUUACUUUCCAUCAAAUAGUGACUGCCGCCAAGACAUCAGAUCUUCAGACCAUUUUCCAUUUCCUCAGUGCAAGUGUUUUUAUUCCAGGAUCUAAGAUUCCAUUCUGAUCUGUCUCUGCUCUUAUGAGUCCCUCUCCCCCGCCCUCCCUGUACAGCUGGGGUAUAUAUGUGUGGGUGCAUAUGUGUGCAUGUGUGUUUAAUUUCUAUUUCUUGGAAGGAAAUUUAUACCAGGCCAAAUAACCCUUUUGUGAACUACGCUGAAAGAUUAGUAAGACAACUGAGACUAAUACCCACCUAGGGUUGUGAGCCACACCUCCAGUUACAACUGGAAGGGAGGAACAAACUGGCACAUUGAUGUGGCUCUAAACAACAACAAUGUGUGUAAGCCUGGGGCACUGCCGACUGACCAAGAGGAAACACUUGUUGCACAAUGAUAAGAUCUUGUUGGUACAGUUGUCAGAGAAGGGAACUCCCACAGCAAAGGGCAUAAAACCAUCCAGGGCAGUCUGGGGCGGCUCAGCUCUGUGGUGCCAGGGAGCAGAGCAGAGCCAGUCCAGCCCCACAUGCAGAUGGGACCAUGAACUUCAGCCGCAGCUUCAGCCAGACCCCCUCAGUCUUCCUCCACGGCACAGGAGGAGGUUGGGGCCGGCCAGGGAGGUGCCCCCGAGCUCCCAGUGUCCAUGGUGGUGCAGGCGGCGUCCGCAUCUCCCUGUCCUCCACGAGGCCAAGCUGCCUGCCCCCUAGACGGUCAUGGGGGUCCAUAAGAGGCAGUUCCCUCCUAGGAGGAAAUGAGAAGGAGACCAUGCAGAACCUCAAUGACCGGCUGGCCUCGUACUUGGAGAAGGUGCAGGCCCUAGAGGAAGCCAACGUGAAGCUGGAAACUCACAUCCUGGAGUGGCAUCAGCAAAGGGAUCGCGGGGAGAAGCGAGAUUACUCUCAAUAUGAGGAAAACAUCAGUCGUCUACAGGAACAGAUAAUGGAUGGUAAAAUAAACAAUGCUCAGGUCAUUGUACUCAUUGACAAUGCCAGGAUGGCAGUGAAUGACUUCAGCCUCAAGUAUGAAAAUGAACAGUCCUUCAAGAAAGACUUGGAAGUUGAAGUUGAGGGUCUCCGAAAGACCUUGGAUGAUCUGACCAUUGUCACGACAGACCUGGAACAGGAGGUCGAGGGAAUGAGGAAAGAGCUCAUCCUGAUGAAGAAGCACCAUGAGCAGGAAGUGGAGAAACAGCAUGCGCCAAAUGACUUCAAGGUCAAUGUGAAGGUGGAUACAACCCCAGGGGAAGAUUUGAUUAAGAUCCUGGAGGAUAUGAGGCAGGAAUAUGAGUCUAUAAUAAAAAAGAAGCAUCAAGACUUAGACACUUGGUUUAAAGAGCAGUCUGCAGCCAUGUCCCAGGAGGUGACCACUCCGGCAGUUGUUCAGAGCAACCAAAGUGACAUCCAUGAGCUGAAGCGGACUUUCCAGGCCCUGGAGAUUGACCUGCAGGCGCAGUGCAGCAGGAAAUCUGCUUUGGAAAACAUGUUGUCAGAAACCAAGUCACGGUACACCUACCAGCUCCAGGACAUGCAACAGAUCAUCUCCCACUACGAGGAGGAACUGAGGCACCUCCGCCAUGACCUGGAGCGGCAGAACAACGAAUACAAGGUCCUCCUAGGCAUCAAAACACACCUCGAGAAGGAGAUUGCCACCUAUCGCCAGCUUCUGGAGGGAGAGAGUGAAGGGAUAAUAGAAGACUCCAAGUCAAGUGUGAAAGUGUCUACAGCUCCAAAGAUCAAGGCCAUCACACAGGAGAGCAUCAACGGAAGAAUAGUUCUUUCUCAAGUGAAUGAGAUCCAAAAGUCUGUGUGAGACCAAUAAAAGCUUUUGCCUGUUGUAAAAACUAUUUGUUCUCAAUGGAAAGUCCUUGUCCCGCCACUCAGGGAAGUCCUAAGAGGUACCCUUUGAGUUCUCAAACUCAAAAACUUGGAUUUUCUCUGACUUUCUAUAAUGAUUGAAAUAUAUUGGUGCAUUUUUUUAAUCAAAAUAUGAGCUUAUGAGUUUAGAGCUCUGUUUUCCUACUACAGUCUUCUGAUUCCCAUUGUUCUACAUCUAUUUUGUAACCAAUAAACUGCACACUAGCUACAUUGUGUGUAUAUAUAUAAAUAUAUAUAUGUAUGUGUAUAUAUACACAC